UCGGCGCUGCUGCCAUUGGCCGCUCGCUCUCCAUUUAUUGUCUUGACAGCCCCCAUCACAUGCAAUGGUUGUCCAUUAACUUGUUGAAAAAAGUAAGUGUCUGGGCUUGUCAGCCUGUGCUCGGCGCUUUGCUAAAGUGCUGCCAGUUGUUGUCGGGUCCUGGCUGCAAGUUGCAGAAGGGGGAAGAGAGAGAAAGAGAGAGAGAGAAAGAGAAAGAGAAAAAAGAGAGAGGAAAAGAGAGAGAGAGAUCCCAAUUCCAUCCCAAUUCCAGCUUCUUGAUCGAGACUUUUUUUUUAAACUGCGGGACUGCAAUCAUUAUUGUUUCUUCUCUCGUCGAACGAGAAAGAGAGAGAGAGAGAGAGAGAGGAGCAAAAAGUUUAUCUCUUGAUUUGCUGAAUUUCAAACAAAAGAGACACACACAGAGAGAGAGAGAGAGAGAAAGUGAGAAGAGAGAGAGAGAGAGAGAAAGAAACAGUGGAAGAAAAAACGCUACCACAUAAACAGGUUGAAUGUACAACAUGAUGGAAACAGAUCUCAAGCCUCCUGCCUCCCAGCAAACUUCGGGAGGAACGGGCAACUCUGCCAACAACGCCAACAAGAACAGCCCAGACCGGGUCAAGAGACCGAUGAACGCCUUCAUGGUGUGGUCGCGGGGCCAGCGGCGGAAGAUGGCCCAGGAGAACCCCAAGAUGCACAACUCCGAGAUCAGCAAGCGGCUGGGGGCGGAGUGGAAACUUCUAUCGGAGGCCGAGAAGAGGCCAUUCAUCGACGAAGCCAAGAGGCUACGAGCCCUGCACAUGAAGGAGCAUCCGGAUUACAAGUACCGACCCCGCAGGAAGACCAAAACGUUGAUGAAGAAGGACAAGUACACGCUACCAGGCGGCUUGUUGGCCCCCGGGGCCAACCCCAUGGGCGCCGGGGUCGGGGUCGGGGUAGGAGUCGGGGCUGGUGUCAACCAGCGAAUGGACGGUUACGCACACAUGAACGGUUGGGCCAACGGCGGCUACAGCAUGAUGCAAGAGCAGUUGGGUUACCCUCAACACCCGGGCUUGAACGCACACAACGCGGCUCAGAUGCAACAGAUGCACCGCUACGAUGUGAGCGCUCUGCAGUACAACUCCAUGACCAGCGGCCAACCUUACAUGAACGGUUCCCCGACCUACAGCAUGUCCCCCGCCUACACGCAGCAAAGCACAGAACUUGGGAAAUAGCUGGCAGAUAGAAGGAAAGUAAUUAAGGUAUUAAAACAAGCAAUACAUUCCUCCAGAGGGCUGUUAUCAACUGACAACACACUCUGCAAGCCCUCAGUAUGCUAAUAUAGCAGCCAGACAUCACUGCUCCAUGUGACUCCUGCCUAUAACACCAACCAACCCAAAGUGUGAAGUUUUAUACAUGAAACUAUAUUCCCCCUCAGUCACCCUCUUAUCCUCUCUCACCCGCUCUCACCUCCACCAUUACCAUAAUCAUAUCCUAAUAAUCUACAGUGUUUAAGUCAAAUAAUAAUAAUAAUAAUAAACC